UUUUUUUUUUUUUUUUCUUUCAUCCUUGUGUUAAAUUGAACGUUUGCAAAAUUAUGCGUAUUAAUUUAAUGCAAAAUGGGGCGACAUGACUUUUUAAAGAAAUUGGAGGAGUUCCAAAAGAAACUUGAUGUGCCCAAAUGGUAUUUGGGCCUAUCGGACUACCAGGAGCGAACCGUCUUGGAGCUUUGCAACGAUCUGCGCGAUGACUUCGAGCAGGGCACUUGCUAUCGCGUGGAAAAGAGCUUGAUGCGUCUGGGCCUCAGUCCGCUUAUUACCAAGAAGAAGAUUCGCACGAUGGUGGUACUGAGUCGUGGCAAUGAUCUAGCAUUCCUCUUCUUCAUUCUCGAGGGCUACUAUCUGAGCUGUCGCAAAAACGGUGAAUACACCACCAACGAGAAGCUGCUGAUGAUGGCACUGUCGAAAAUAGACCUGCUGCCAACCCUACGUGAGCUGGAUCGCAUCCUGCCACCGCCUCAGCUGAGUGAGUUGGAAUUGAAGCGCCAGCACCCCAGCUACAAUCAGCCGAGACCCUCUAAGGACGUGGUGCAUGAACGACGCUCAACGAAGAAAGUCACAGUUAGUCGUUCGACCAAGUCUCCAUACUUCCAGCGCCAGCCGAGGCCCAAGGAAAUCGUCGUUAAAUACAUAAGUAAGCCGCCCAAUUUGGUGGCCACUUUCCCAUUCUGGCGCUUGGAUAAGCCGCCCAAUUAUGGUAGGAAAACGGAGCCGCCGUGGUUCGCCGAGUACAACCUAAAUCCGGUGGGUCGACUCGUCAAGAGUAUUGUGGGUGAAGCGGUGGACAAGUAUUUCAAUCAUCUGAACCACAUCAAAUACCUCGAGCGCAGAGCCAGGUUCAGCCGCAGGGCGGCAGCUGCCCUGGAAAGAGCCCUAACUGACAACAGCGAUGAGCCACAGAUGUGCACCUACCACAAAUUCGCAGUUGGGGAAACGCAGCUGGUCAAGGACGAGAUGACGGUGAUGGCUCGCAACCGCUGCCUAGAGCUGAUGGACGUGACGUUACCCUAUCGCCAGAUACGCCAAAAGCGCAUUAUAGCUCAGCUGGAGCGCGACAUUGACGAUUGCAUGAAACGCUAUGCGUUGAAAAUGGAAAGCACAACGGUGCACACGAUUGAAAAGACCGACUGCGUGCUGUGCCAGGAGCAACGUGUAGAUCUGCCCGCAGCCAAGCCGCAGGAGCAAAAAGGACGCGCCCUUAUUGGGGACGGGCUGCACUUGGCACACACGGAGGUAACCGACAAGUGUAUUGGAAAACGGCUCACAGGCGGUGGGUUGAUUAAGGAGCCAGUCGAGUUUGAGCCUCCAGCGGAUCCGUGCCCGAACUCGGGUAUUAACGCCGAGCUGAUCCCAGAAAAUGACCCGAUGCCAUGCUUCGCGCCAAAGGGCAAGAGCCAGCACCGCAUAUCCUUUCUGCUGGAUGACAGCAAGCUGAAGAGUCUGCGAAAGAAUCGCAAGGAGUCCUCUGUGGAGGUGCGCUUUCAGGGCAAGCAGACCAAGAAGUCGUUUUUCGUGGCACCCACCGACCACAAGCCCUAUCAAUUCAAGUACAAGCGCAUUUUCAAAUCGGGCCAGGAGAAGCCGCAGGACAUUAAGAAGGUGAUCGCCAAGGCCUUCGUGAAUGCCCUGGAUAGGGGCGAUGAAAUGCCGGCUCCCCUAUGCAAGAAAGCGUCCGUCACAUCCGAUGAAGAUAUCGAAAAAAUGGAAAAAGAGAUCAAUGGCGUUCGUCUGACGGACAGCUGCGCCUCCACUGGCGAUACCAGCGAGCACAGCAUUCGCAGUCACGAGAACCACCGAGCCGACAUCGUGGACGCCGUGGUGCGCUGCGCCAAGGAAAUUUGGAUGAAGGGCGUCAAUGUGAAGCGUGCCGAAAUGGAGGCCAAGGAAGACGAUGACAAAAAGAAGGCCCAGGAGGCAGCGGUACUCAGCUAUGAGGUGGAGAAAUUCAAUCCAGAUGAUCCGGAGCUCAUGAGUCGUCUGCUCAAGGAUGGACUGGACCAGCUCAAGAAAAACCAACGAUUCGUCCUGGCAUCCCUGCCUGACGCUCACAAGCUGCCCGUGCUGCAGGAGUGGAUAAAGCGACGCUACGGCAAGCAAUAUACCGAGGACGAGAUCCAGAAGAACCUGCUCGAAUCGAUCAAAAUAUUUGAGCUGAUUACCAUGCUGCAGGCCAAUCCGCCGCCGGCUGACUUGCUGGGCAUGGACAAGCUGCCGCCGAGCAAGGAGAACUUCGGCUACUGCAAGCAGGCCAAGGCCCUGGCCGCCAAGGUGAGGAUGAACUACUACAGUCAGCUGAACGACAUGUACAUGAGUCACAUGGGUGCCUGCUGGUACGCCAUGGGCAACUACUUGUGCCGCAGCGGACCGCCGCGGAAGACUUUCUACGCCUACAUGUCGGCCAAUACUCGGGACAUAAUGCGCAACAAGGUGUGGAACGGCGAAUUCAGAAACAUACGACGGUUCCGGGACAACUACAAGGAGACCCACAAAACAUAGAAUAGGCUAAUAAUAAGAGGAAACAUAAAUUUAUUGACAGUGAAAAUCUCAAAGACUA